UCCUCCUCCUCCCACAAGUCAAGACUCUUUUAUCAUCCGUCGUCGUUGUCGGUGAGUUCUGUCUGAAUCUCCAAUUGUUCAGCUAUUCUAACACAUCGGACAAAACUAACAAACAAAUGGAGACGCAGAAGACUCAAGCUGGUAACCCACCUAAGCCAGCCAUGUCUUCGUGUAGAAAGAUGGUCAAGGAUGAUGCCAAUUUCUUAGAAGACGUCAAGGAUCACAUUGAUGAGUUCAUCAAUGCCUCCAUGGAUGAUCACAAGAAUUGUUUCAACAAGACCAUCAAGAAGAUGUUUGGACUGUCAAAGGCUGUUGCAGAGAAGCAGCAAGCUGAAGAAGCUAAAGGAGUUGAGAGUUAUUUGCCUCUUCAGACAACUCUCUCUGAUUAGAGAAAUUGCUAGCCUAACCGGAUAUUGGUUCGGUAUACUUUUGGUUUGUUGGUUUCGAUUAACAAAGUUUAUUGGCUAUACCAAUUGAAUACAGUCAAAUAAAUUGAAGGGCUGAAUAGUUAAGAAAUCAAAAACAUUUUUGAG